AUGGAGCCUGAAAUCAACGGCGUUCCCGUCAUCUCAUAUGAGAAAUCCUUCGCGGCUAUCAAGGGCUCUGGUCAGUUAGUCCCCGAGCAACUCCUACUAAGCACAAUGACUCUCUGCAACGCAAUCCCGCGCCUUGUCGCCUACUCGUCAGAGAAAGAAAACUACGAUGACUACGAAUUACAGCACUGGCAACUCAUCAGCGAAGCUCUUGUAGCCGUUCUUCCAACUUGUGAAGCCAAGGUAGAUCAUGUCGAGGUUCUACCAAAUGUGCUACGACAAAAGAUUGAGUCCGGUCUCUCUUCUGAGGAUCUGGGUCCUUCUCCAUUCCUUCAAAAGGGCAGUGCCCGUUCUGAGGAUUUGAAUCUUUUGCUGGAGUAUCUCGCUGCGACGGCAUUCUUGGCUGGAGUACCGCCAGAGAGGGUCUCCCUUUCACUUGGACCUGCACUCCGGAUUGCCAAGUUUGCUCAUGAUUUCGUACAACAUUAG